AACUCAAAAUCAUCAUCAUCUUCAUACAUAUCUCUAACAAUGGCGUCUUCUCCAAUCAUCUUCUCCGUUCUUCUUCUCCUCAUCUUCUCACCCUCAUCAUCUGCUCAAACAUCUUUCCGUCCCAAAGCUCUCCUUCUCCCAGUAACAAAAGACCAAUCUACCCUCCAGUACACAACCGUCAUCAACCAACGCACACCUCUCGUCCCUGCUUCCGUCGUCUUCGACCUCGGUGGUCGAGAACUCUGGGUCGACUGCGACAAAGACUACGUCUCCUCCACUUACCAAUCUCCUCGCUGCAACUCCGCCGUGUGCUCACGCGCCGGCUCCAACAGCUGCGGCACAUGCUUCUCUCCUCCGAGACCUGGCUGUAGUAACAAUACUUGCGGCGGCAUUCCAGAUAACACCGUCACCGGAACCGCCACUUCCGGCGAAUUUGCUUUAGACGUUGUGUCGAUCCAGUCCACUAACGGAUCUAAUCCGGGUCGGGUCGUUAAAAUCCCCAAUUUGAUCUUCGAUUGUGGAGCAACGUUUCUUCUUAAAGGACUAGCUGCCGGAACCGUUGGUAUGGCCGGAAUGGGACGUCAUAACAUCGGCUUACCGUCGCAAUUCGCCGCCGCGUUUAGCUUCAACCGGAAAUUCGCCGUCUGUCUAACUUCCGGCAGAGGAGUCGCCUUCUUCGGUAACGGACCUUACGUUUUCCUCCCCGGAAUCCAGAUCUCAGGUCUCCAAACGACGCCGCUCCUCAUCAAUCCGGUGAGCACUGCUUCUGCGUUUCCACAAGGUGAGAAAUCCUCAGAGUACUUCAUCGGCGUGACGGCGAUUAAAAUCGUCGAGAAAACAGUUCCGAUCAAUCCAACGCUUUUGAAAAUCAACGCAAGUACCGGAUUCGGAGGAACCAAAAUCAGCUCAGUGAAUCCGUACACGGUGUUGGAGUCAUCGAUCUACAAUGCUUUUACGUCGGAGUUCGUCAAACAAGCAGCGGGGAGGAACAUCACGAGAGUAGCGUCGGUGAAACCGUUCAGCGCGUGUUUCAGCACGCAGAACGUCGGCGUCACGCGCCUGGGAUACGCCGUGCCGGAGAUUCAGCUUGUGCUUCAUAGCAACGACGUCGUCUGGAGGAUCUUUGGAGCUAACUCGAUGGUGAGUGUCAGUGAUGACAUCAUCUGUUUAGGUUUCGUUGACGGAGGAGUCAACGCGAGAACCUCUGUAGUGAUCGGAGGGUUUCAGUUGGAGGAUAAUUUGAUCGAAUUUGAUUUGGCGAGUAACAGAUUUGGGUUUAGUUCCACGUUAUUAGGCCGUCGCACUAACUGCGCCAACUUCAAUUUCACUUCCACUACUUAAUUAAAUUAUAGUUGAUCAUUUUCUUCAAAAUAAAUGUGUUCCAGUGGCUAUUGAAUUAUGUUUGAUGUGAUUAAUAAGGAGCCAAUGGAUUAUUGGGCUUUGUAAGUGCUCAAAGGGCUUCGACAAGCUAAUAACAAAAAUAUAACUUU